AUGAUAUCAGUACUUACUGCACCAAUUUCAAUUCUUUUUAUAUUUUUAUCUCUGCAAGAUAAUGUAAAAUGCAUCUUUCAUAAAAAUCGUAAUAUCGAUGAAUUAAAAUAUAUGAUUGACAACAAGGAAUUGUUUAUUAAUUUAAAAGCAUUAGAAAAAUUAAUAAUUAAAUCAUUACAUACAGAUGAAUUAAAAGUUCCAAUAGUAAAACCAGAAAAUAAGGAAUAUCUCAACGAUAUGUCAAAUUUUAAAAUAAUUAAAGUAAACACCCAAAAUGGAGAUAUAAAUGAAUAUUUCAUACCUAACACUGCAGCGAGUGUGCAUGAUAUAAUAAAAUAUGAGCAUAUUGCAAAAGAACAACUUAUACAGUCUUAUAAUUUUGAAAUUUCAGAUUCAAUUAAGAAAAAAAUUAUAAUAUUAAGAGCUUUAAAAAUAAUAAAAAUUAUGUUAAUACCCAUGGAUUCAUAUAAAAAUACAAAAGAUUUAAAAAAAUCGCUAAUAGAAUUAAAUGAAUUAUUCUUGUACGAUGAUGAAGAUUAUAAAAUAGAUAACUCUCAACAAAAUUUUGAAGAAUAUUUUGAAAAUACUUUAAACUACAUUAAUGAAAUAAAAAAAAAAGGACCUAAGGAAAAUGCGUAUUUAUCUGUAAUAUUAGGAAAUACCAAUUUAGAUGUAAGCAAUUCUAAUGAUAUGUUUUUCACAACGAAUGAUAAUAUUAACCUUCUGAGGAACUUAGACAAGAUAUCUAGUCAUUAUGGUAUAGCAAUGUAUACUUUAGUUGGCUCUCAUCUCAUAGCAUUAGGACAUUUCCUAAUCUUAAAAUUGGCCCUUAAAAAUUUUGAGAACUAUUUUAUGCAAGGAGAAUUAACAUUUUUUAGUUGGCAAAAAAUCUUGCAGCACAAUAUAUCAGAUAGGUUUAGAUUACUUGAUAUAAUGUGUGAUGCCGAUGGCAUAAAUUAUUCAAAGAAAAAACGAAGAAAAAGUUAUUUAAAAAAUAAUAAAAACUCAUCAUGCGAUGAAUGUAAUAUAUUAGAGUUUUUGAUUCAUCAUUUCAAUAAAUAUCAAAUGGAGUUAAUUACAAAUAUAUAUCAAGAGGAUUUUAACACGCAGGUAUUAUUAGAGCACAAUCAUAUAAAGGAGGAUUUCCUCAAAUUCAUGUGUAAUGAUAUAGAUAGUUGUAAUAUGUACAGUAGUAAUAAUUUUUUAACUGAAGGUAUUAAUGUAAUCCCUGUAGAAAGUAGAAGUUCUUAUUCUAGCAGUAUAAACCCAUUCAACUUAGAAACAAACUUUUUUAUUUUUACUAAACAGUAUAAUUACUUUAGUCCAAAAAAAAUUAUAUAUAUGCACUUUUUAAAUCUGACUGGACUUUUAAAUAAUAAAGCCAUGGCUUAUGCAAGUUCUCUUUACUUACCAGGAUAUAACAAUGCUAUACAUUUAUCUUAUGAUCAGAAAUCUAACAUUACAGAUCUACUUUGUCAUUUAAUAGAAUGUGUUCAAACAUGUGUUUUGUCACAUAAAGAGCAUAAGGGAUUACAAGAUAAAGAUAUUAAACACUCAGAUCAUAAACAAUUUGAUUCAACAAAAUGUAACAUGUGCAAGGGAAUAUUUAAGUACAUCAACAAAAAACAAGAAGGAUGCCUAUCCAUGUUACAAAAAUAUUAUAACUAUGUUACGAAUGUUAUUAAAUUAAAUGAUAUAAGUACAUUAAUAAGAAAUGUAAACUUUUAUGAGGAUUAUGAUAAUUUUUUAGCAAAUGAUAUAAAUUGGUAUACAUUUUUAUUACUAUUUAGACUUACAACUUAUGAGGAUAUUGCUCAUAAAAAUAUAGCAGAAGCUAUGUAUUUAAGUUUAAAAGAAGAGGAUACCUUUCAUAGGAAAAUUACUACAAGCUAUUGGUUUCCUUCUGCAGUCAAAAAAUCAUACACAUUAUAUGUUAGAAGGAACUUGCCUAUGAGCUUAAUAGAAAAGUUAGAGAGUAUGCUAAAAAGCCAAACUAUAGAGAAGAUAAAAAAGAGCAUCAAAUUUCUGGUGCAUGUGAAUUCCUUUUUACAGUUAGAUUUUUUUAGUUACCUAAAUGAACCACCAAUUGGAGAAUUACGACCUUAUGCGCUAUCUAUAUUGAUUGAGAAUAAAUUUAAGGAGUGGUAUGAUAAUUCUGAGAUUGGUUACUUUUUUUUAAAUUACAAUAAUGAAUAUGUGCGAAAACGAAUGACAGAUGGUUUAAGGUCUCAAAAAUUUUUGGCACCUAAAUUGGAGAAAUGGAAUUUUCUUAUGAAAAAAUAUAUUAUGAAAUCAUAUGAAUCAUAUUUUAAUCAAAAGCACGUAAAACAAUUAUUUAGAUAUCAUAAUAAUUAUAAUAUAAAUAAUAGAAUAAUGUUAAUGAAAGAUUCUUAUGAAUUAUAUUCAAAGAAUUACAAAGAUAUAAUCUUCCUUGCUGAUAUAUUCAAUAUAAGAAAAUACAUAUCAUCUACACCAAAGUCAAAAUUUAUAAUAGAUAGAACACUAUAUUAUAUGCACUCUAUUGCUGGAAAUUCGGUAGGUUUUUACAGAUAUGGUAUUAUAUAUGGAUUCACUAUGAAUGAAAAACAUUUUAAGGAUGUCGCGGAUGAACUGUUUGGAAUAUACAAAACUAACAAAAAUAUUUUUUCAGAUAUCUCCUUUUUGCAAGCAGUUUAUUUGCUAUGUAGAAAAAUUGAAGAUAGCUUUCACGUGCAAAGGACAAAUGAUAAAAUGGGGUUAGGAAAUAUAUUUCUCUUUAAUGUUUCAAACAAUUACUCAAAAAUGAGCAGAGAAGAGAGGGAAGAAGAGAUCAACAAUUCUAUGACAUCCAAAUUUUUCGCAAAAACAUUUUUUACCAUGUUCCAGAUAAUUUUUUCCAUUAUGUUAAGUAACAAUGCAAACAUGCUUGAUAAAAAAUAUGGUACAACAACAAUGCUAUCCAUGACAUUACAAGAAAAAGCCUUCUUUAAUGCCGCAUACGCAUAUUAUGGUAGUAUAUUGGAUAAGAUAAAAAAUAGCUUUUUACCCCCAUAUGCCAAAAAGAUAAUAACUCAAAUAAAAUAUGGAAGAACAUUUAUUUUCGCAAAUUUGUUUCUAUUAUGUUCAAAAAUAUAUUCAUUGUUGAAAUUAAAUAAUUUAAGUAUUUUAUGUGAAAACCAGGCUAUAGCAAGUCCUAAUUAUUAUUCUUCAGAAAAGAUCAUUCAGUAUAUUAAUAGAAAAUAUAUAGGUCUUAAUUUAACAUUUUUCGUAUUGAGAAUUCAGGAUGUUCAUAGUAAUCCAAAUGAACUUAAUUUUAUAUAUAAUAAACUUCAAUGGCCAGAUGUCGGCAAACCUAUGGGUCUCAUAACAGCAUAUGUUAUGUCCAAUUUAUUCAUUCAAACUGGUACUGUAUUCCCAGAAUCUUUUCUCGCGAAUUUGCGUAACCAAACAAAUAAGAGCUUAUCUGUAAAUUAUGACUUAUAUAAAAUUAUAAAAAAAAAACCAGUUGUUCAUGCUCUAAUAUUUGAUACUAUUAAACGAGUAAUUAAUGGUUUAUUAGGAACAGUAUUUUUUUUUAAUUUUAUGCGAUUAUAUGCUAUAUAUCAAACUUUCGUUUAUAUAUUUGUAAAUAAUAUUCGUGUUCUACACAGAUUUUACCGUGUAUUCGAAUAUUAUGUCACUAACCUUGUUAGGACACAAUUUAGAAGAUUUACUACCGAUAAAGUUUUAAAAUUUGUACGUAAAAAAUUAAUCAAUAUUGAAAGAACUGGUUACAUGGAGGAAUCAAUCAAAGCUAGACUGCAAGCUAAAAAUGAUAGUGAUAAUCCUUUAUUACAAAAUUUUAAAGGAAAUAUAUCUAUGUUAUCUCCACAAGUAACUGACGCUUUGCUUAAAGAUGCAUACUUAGUAUAUGUAGAUGAUAAUUCUUUUUUCGAUGGUUUAGAUGAAGAUGAAAAAUUUUUGAAUGAUAAAAAUUCUAUAUCUUUUAAUUAUUCUGAAGAACUCUAA